GGCAACACUGGUUAAGACAUCGCUUGAUCUCGAUUUGUUUCUACGUGAUGUUAAGUGAAUUUAUCGUUUAUUUACUGUCCAGUAUAUUUAUUAAACAAAGUAUGUAAAUAGGGACGUUGUAGUAACUGCCAAAGUGAAAGAAGCAUUGUAGUAUAACGUGUAAUCAUCGACGGUUUCUUGCUGGUAGACUUUUUACUCUUUAAAAGUCUUAUAAAAUGACAAUGGGAGACUCAGAUGAUGAUGAUAAGGAUAUGGAGACUGGUAUCAACAUGACUGGAUUUCUCUUUGGUAAUAUCGAUGAGAAUGGCGAACUGGAGGAUGAUAUCCUUGAUCCUGAAGCAAAGCAGCACUUAGCUUCGUUAAGUCGCCUAGGGCUUAACUCACUGCUUCAAGAAAUGAUAUCGAAUGAAACAAAGGCUGCAGAAAAGGAUAGAGAAUCUCAAGAUCUGAUUGAUGGAGGCCAGAAAACAACUUCUGACGACGAUGAAGAUGACUAUAUGGAGAAAUCUCCAAAUGCUCUUGAUUUUUCUGAUAUUAAUGAACUGGCAGAUGAAAUCUGUGAGGAUGUUGAAACAGAUGCAAAGAAAGUUGAGAAAGAAACCACAGAUUACGAUGCCGACGAUGAAGAGGUAGUAAACAAAUCGGAUACUCAAUUAAUGCCUCCGCCACCAAUUCCAGAGGAAAAGGAAAUUCUUACUCCAGAAGAAAUUGAAGCUGCAAGGCAGCGAAAACUGGAAACUCCUUUGGCUUCUAUGCUGCCAUCCAAAUAUGCAAAUAUUGAUGUUACCGAAUUAUUUCCUGAUUUCCGUCCAAAUAAGGUACUCAGAUUUUCAAGGCUGUUUGGGCCAGGAAAACCAAGCAGUUUACCUCAAAUCUGGAGAGGCGUCAGGAAACGCCGAAAAAAGAAAAGACAUCAUGACACCAAAGAUUCUGAUUCAGGAUCUGACCAAGAUGAAAGAAAGCAUAAGUUCAAGGGUUGGAUGAUGCAAUAUGGGCCAGACCCAACAUCAGAUCAAUGCUGUCCAGACGAUGAAGAAAAACUGUUGCUUCCUGUGGAAGAUAAAGAGCAAACAGGUAAACCUGGAGAGUCUGGAGAAAAUGGAGAUAUGGGCCCAAAGGUUGCAGAUUGGCGAUUCGGACCUGCCCAAAUUUGGUAUGAUAUGCUAGAAGUUCCAGAAACUGGGGAUGGCUUUAAUUAUGGUUUUAAAACCAUGGAAAAGAUCGAAGAGGAGGAUAAAUCUAAAAUCGACGAGGAAUUUGCUGAUGACGCCUUCUUAAUGGUAUCUCAAUUACGAUGGGAAGAUGACGUUGUCUGGAAUGGAGACGACAUAAAACACAAGGUGAUGCAAAAAUUGAAUAGCAAAAAUAAUGCAGCAGGCUGGGUUCCAUCCAGUGGAAAUAGAACUGCACAAGCAUUCAGUCAACCAGGAAAAGGAACACCAGUACCAGUGGCACCUAAUGUUAGACUCGCCACGUCACAAAUCACAACACCACUGCAUAUGCAGUCACAGAAAAACAAAAUGUCUAUGGGAAAAGGAAACCAACAACAACAAGAAAAUUACGAUGACACAUGGUACUCCAUAUUUCCUGUUGAAAAUGAAGAAUUGGUUUACGGUCUUUGGGAAGACGAAGUAAUUUGGGAUGCGGAAUGCAUGAAAAAAAUCCCAAAACCGAAAAUACUGACUCUGGAUCCUAAUGAUGAAAACAUCGUACUGGGAAUUCCGGAUGACAUAGAUCCGGCGUUGCUUCACAAAGAUAAUGGGCCGCAACCUAAAGUGAAAAUUCCUCAUCCUCAUGUAAAGAAGAGCAAAUUACUCCUUGGAAAGGCAGGAGUAAUUAACGUUCUGGAGGAAGAUACUCCUCCACCACCACCAAAAUCCCCUGAUAGAGAUCCAUUUAACAUUUCAAACGAUACUUAUUACAUGCCACGCUCUUCAGAAACGACGUUGCGUUUGAAAGUUGGCGGAGGAAAUUUAAUACAGCACAGUACACCUGUAGUUGAGCUUCGGGCACCUUUUGUGCAAACUCAUAUGGGGCCGAUGCGUCUGAGGAAUUUCCACAGGCCUCCGCUAAGACGUUUUUCACAUGGUCCUUUAUCACAUCCAGGUCCACAUAGUGUUAUGCCAUUGGUGAAGCAUAUAAAAAAGAAAUCGAAGCAAAGGGAACAAGAAAGGAUAGCAUCGGGAGGUGGGGAUGUUUUCUUCAUGAGGACUGCUGAUGACUUGACUGGACGUGAUGGUGAAUUAGUUCUUGUUGAAUUUUCUGAAGAGCACCCACCAUUAAUGAAUCAAGUAGGAAUGUGCUCGAAGGUGAAAAAUUAUUACAAACGAAAAGCAGGAAAGGAUCAGGGACCGCAGAAGUACAAAUAUGGAGAGACAGCUUAUGCUCAUACGAGUCCAUUUCUUGGUAUUUUAACACCCGGCCAAAGUAUACAAGCGGUCGAGAAUAAUAUGUACAGAGCUCCCAUUUACGAACAUCUAGUUCCUUCGACUGAUUUCCUUGUCAUUAGAACGAGGCAACAGUACUAUGUAAGAGAAGUGGAUGCACUCUUUGUAGCUGGUCAGUUAUGUCCUCUGUAUGAAGUACCAGGACCGAAUUCUAAGAGAGCCAACAACUUCGUUAGAGAUUUCCUUCAAGUCUUCAUUUACAGAUUGUUUUGGAAAUCGAGAGAUACUCCUCGUAGGAUUAAAAUGGAUGAUAUCAAAAAGGCUUUCCCAUCUCACAGUGAAAGUAGCAUCCGGAAACGUCUUAAGCUGUGCGCUGACUUCAAAAGGACGGGAAUGGAUUCAAAUUGGUGGGUAAUUAAACCCGAUUUUAGAUUACCCACUGAAGAAGAAAUAAGGGCAAUGGUUUCGCCAGAGCAGUGUUGUUCGUACUUCAGCAUGAUUGCAGCUGAGCAAAGAUUAAAAGAUGCUGGUUAUGGCGAGAAAUUUCUCUUUACUCCUCAAGAUGACGAUGAUGAGGAAAUGCAGUUGAAAAUGGAUGAUGAAAUUAAAGUGGCCCCUUGGAAUACCACGAGAGCUUACAUUCAAGCAAUGAGAGGAAAAUGUCUACUACAAUUAGCAGGCCCUGCUGAUCCGACUGGAUGCGGUGAAGGAUUUUCUUACGUCAGGGUUCCUAAUAAGCCUACAAUUAGUAAAGAAGAACAAGAAGCUCAACCAAAGCGAACGGUGACAGGAACUGACGCUGAUUUAAGAAGGUUGUCUUUAAACAAUGCAAAGGCAUUACUUAGAAAAUUCGGAGUUCCUGAAGACGAGAUAAAGAAACUUUCUCGAUGGGAAGUUAUUGACGUUGUCAGAACCCUAUCAACCGAAAAAGCAAAGGCUGGUGAAGAAGGAAUGACGAAAUUUUCCAGAGGUAACAGAUUCUCUAUAGCAGAGCACCAAGAGAGGUAUAAAGAAGAAUGUCAGAGAAUAUUCGAUCUUCAAAACCGAGUACUUUCGUCGAACGAAGUUCUGAGUACUGACGAGGGUGAGAGUUCCGAAGAAGACAGCUCCGACAUCGAAGAAAUGGGGAAGAAUAUCGAGAAUAUGUUGUCUAAUAAGAAGACGAGCACGCAGUUAUCUUUGGAACGAGAGGAACAACAACGACACGAAUUAAGAAAAAUGUUAAUGAGCGAUAUCCAGGAGCAAGACAAAAAGAGCAAAGAGAAGAAAAAAGAUGAAGAAGAAGACAGCCCUGUAAAUAGUUUCAAUUCUCAACAAGGUAGAGUGCUGAAGAUCUACAGAACUUUCUUAAAUCCCGAAGGUAAAGAAUUCACCAGGGUUGAGCUGGUGAGGAAGCCAGCAGUAAUAGACACUUAUAUGAAAAUCAGAAAUUCUAAAGAUGAGACCUUCAUCAAGCAGUUCGCGACGUUAGAUGAAGCUCAAAAGGAAGAAAUGAAGCGAGAGAAGAGAAGAAUCCAAGAACAGCUACGAAGGAUCAAGCGAAAUCAGGAAAGAGAACGUAUGAUUGGUCCUUCGGGCAAUAGCUUCAGUUCUACCAACAUGUUCGACCGCAGCACUACCAACACUCCAACCACUACUACCGCUACCACUACUCCAACCAGUAUCCUUCCCUUUAACAGUAGUAACAAUUUCCAGUCCUCGUCCAUAAUUUCUAAGCAUCCUAAACCUGAAAUUUCUCCCUCCAAACGAAAAAAGCCUAAACUCAAACCAGAUUUAAAACUUAAGUGUGGUGCUUGCGGUAACGUAGGUCAUAUGAGGACUAACAAAGCGUGUCCACUAUAUCAAAACAGCAUUACUACUGCGCCUGUUAAUGUUGCUAUGACUGAAGAACAAGAGGAAGAAAUUGAGAAGCAGCUCAAUACCGAAGAUCAAGACUUAGUCAAUGUCGAUGGCACUAAGGUGAAGCUGUCUUCAAAACUGAUAAAGCACGCGGAAGAAAUGAAAAGGCGAACCUUGUUGCUGAAAGUCCCGAAGGAAGCUGUCAAUUCGAAAAAGAGGAGAAGAGCAACUGGCGAUGACCACUGUGAUUAUCUCAAGAGGCAACAGAGGCCUGCCAAUAGACGAAGAACAGAUCCUGUCGUUGUCAUGUCGACAAUGUUGGAAAGCAUUCUUAAUGAGAUGAGAGAUCUACCCGAUGUGCAGCCUUUCUUGUUUCCCGUUAAUGCAAAAGCGGUACCUGAUUAUUACAAGAUUAUUCAGAGGCCCAUGGAUCUUCAAACGAUACGAGAAAAUCUACGGCAAAAGAAGUAUCAAAGUAGGGAAGAAUUCUUGGCUGAUGUAAAUCAAAUUGUUGAAAAUUCAAAUCUUUAUAACGGUCCUAAGAGUUCGUUAACGGUUGCCGCAAAACGAAUGUUAGAAACGUGCGUAGAGAGACUUGGUGAAAAAGAAGAUCGACUAAUGAGACUCGAAAAAGCUAUUAAUCCUCUUUUGGAUGACAACGACCAAGUUGCUCUUACCUUUAUCCUAGACAAUGUUGUGAACAACAAAUUGAAAUCAAUGACGGAGGCUUGGCCUUUCCUUAAACCUGUAAACAAAAAGCUAGUCAAAGAUUACUACAGUGUUAUCAACCGACCAAUGGACUUGGAUACUAUUUCUAAAAAAGUAUCAGCUCACAAAUAUCAUAGUCGUCAUGAUUUUCUAAGAGACAUCGAGCAGAUUUUGGAAAAUUGUACGAUUUACAAUGGCAAGGAGUCUCCUUUCACCAGAAAAGCCGAACUUCUUGUAAAAGUCUGCAAAGAUACUUUAGACGAGUAUGACGAGCAUCUGUCACAAUUGGAAAACAAUAUUGCAUUGGUUCAACAAAGGGCGAUGGAACAAGCUGACAUGGACACAUCUUGGAUGGGACCAGACGAAGAAAAUUAUACAAUAGUUGAACCAGAAUAUCGAGGGAGUCAAAACAGUUCUCCAGACAAUCCGUUCGGGAAAUCAAAUAUGGAUGACUUCGACUUCGUCGACGUUGAGGGAGACAUGGAUGGUGAACUUGGGAGAGGUUCACACUCGAAGAAAAAGGAUGUCCUCGAAGAGGAUCUCCAAUUCUCAAGCGAAGAUGAAUUCGAUGAAGUGCCUUUUGGUGCCGAUGAACAAUCUGAACAAACUGAAAUGGAAGCUUUAGAAGUCAGUGAAAUAAGAGAAGGUGAAGAAGUACCUGCCGAUGACGACAGUCAACAAGCAGCUGAGGCUAUGGUUCAACUUGGCAAUGUUGGCUUCUACAUGGGUGAACAACAACUGCUUCAACAAGAUGAGAGUAUGGAUGUUGAUCCAAAUUACGAUCCUUCAGACUUUCUAUUGGCCGGACUCCCAGCAAGAGGGGAUAAAGGUACGGAUAAAAUUCAAGAUGAUUUAGCCGUUUCCGAGAGCGACGAGGACGCUGAAAACAAUACCUCGCGGGAGAAACAAGAAUUACAGCAACAGCCGCCUCAAGAGGAAGAUGUCGCUGGCGAUCUUUGGUUCUAAACUAAACUUUUUGUACCUGUGAUCUGUAAUGAUGUAUAUAAUAUAUUAGGCUUAAGGGUCAUUUAUAUGACUUUCACUUGCAAUCAAUUUAGAAUCAAGAUCAUAUAUACACAGCUGGAAAAGCUGCCACGUUCAAACCAAAUGUGGGAAGUUCCAAAUUCAUACACACAUCACGAUUGAAAAUACUUGUCCAUUUAUAUAGUUUCAAGUUAGAUCUUAUUAAGAAUCAUUUUUCUCAUGCAUAUCGGAAUAAUAUUAUAUUCUUUGAACGGUCAUUUGCUACCCGAAGAACUGUUAAUUUUUAGUAGAGGUGUGCGACGCUUUUCUACGCUCGUAUGCCGUUUCAAAUGUAGCACACGUCUAACAGAUUAUUUCUCUUUGAUAUUAAAUUAAAAUUCAGGACGGAAAAUGUUUUUAAUUUUUGAUUGCGGUUAAAUUACAAAUUGGGCUCGUAAAUGCUUCAAUCGUAUUUGUGACUUUUUAGGGAUCUUACAAGAACUUUGCGCACGAAAAAUCUACACAUUGUACAGCUUAAAGCUUAUAUCAAAUUAAACUUAUUUACGACUAUUAUUAACAUUGGUUAACUUAUUGUUAUCAACGCAAUGAACUGUACAUCGAUCAGUGUAUAUAUUGAAAUCAAAAUUGUUUAUGAAAUUAAUUUGUGAUCUAUCAA